CACAGUGGACAAAACCACAAAUGACCUAAAAGAGCUAAAGUUUGGUGGGCCUUUUAUGGAAGCAGUCAGAAUUGGAGGCAGCAGGACUUGUUUCCACUUACAGAACUGUCCUCCCCUCAUUUCCCUCACAGCCUGAGCGAUUUACUAUUCAAAUGUUUGUGGCAAUCAGAGAAUGACAUUCUGGUAACAGGACACCUCAGGGAGCCGUUCUCCUCUGACCAUCGCGCCUGAAGACAACUGCAGUUUCAGAAGUAGCAGAGCAAAGAUGAAGCUGAGUUUGUUCCUGUUCAUCCUUGUUGGUCCUUGUUGCAUCAUGACAAACCAGCUUCUCCAGUAUCACUUCAUCAAUGAAAACAAGAGUUGGGAUCAAGCCCGGCUCUACUGCAAAGACAACAAUCACACUGACCUGGCCACAGUGAUCAGCAUGGCAGACAUGAACAGACUCAGGCAGCAUUUAGGAAACAGGAGCGCUUGGAUUGGUCUGUACAGAGAAGCUAAUGGCAGCACAAUGUGGCAAUGGUCUCAGCCUGAUGUGCAGUUCAAUGAAAGCCGAGAUAAUGGAUGGGAUACAGACGAACCAAAUGACAAUGGCAUAGAGAACUGUGGGACUUUAAACACCAACAAAAAGUGGGCGGACCUGUCCUGCAACAGAGCAAAACCUUUUAUCUGCUAUGAUGAAAAAACCCCAUCUCAUGUCAUUUAUGCUAACGAGAGUCUGAACUGGACUGAUGCUCAGAGUUUCUGCAGGGACCGUCACACAGACCUGAUCAGUGGACCAGAGCAGAUGAAAAAGUUGGAUGGGGGGAAGACGAAGGAGUUAAUCCAACAGUCCGAGGGUGGUUUUGUUUUCAUUGGCCUGUUUAGAGACGCCUGGCAGUGGUCUGAUGGGAGCAGCUUUUCCUUCAGGUUCUGGAAUCUGCAGUAUGAUGAUGAGAAAAACGACAGCAGUUGUGCCAUGAUGAAUGAGGGAGGAAGGUGGAGUUCUGAGAAUUGUAGUGAAGAACAUCCCUUCAUCUGCUAUGAUGAUCAUGUGAUCCUGAUCAAAGAGAGCAGAACCUGGGAGGAGGCCUUAUACUACUGCAGACAUCACCACCAUGACCUGGUCACCAUCACUAACAUGGAUGAACAGAGAUGGGUCCAGGAGAAAACCAAGAAGGCCUCCUCUGCCUUUGUGUGGACUGGACUGCGUUACACCUGCACUCUGGGGUUCUGGUUCUGGGUCAGUGAUGAGGUGGUCCACUACAAGAACUGGGCCUCACCUGGACAGGUGAAUGAGUGUGACAUGUCAGGAGCCAUGGAGACAGGAGGAGAACACAAGUGGUUCAAGAGAAAUGAUGAGGAGAAGUUCAACUUUUUCUGUUCCACAUCUUAAAGCUGUUGUUAGAAUUUUAUUUUCUUGGACACAAGCUGAGAGUUUUGGUUUAGAUUCUAUAGUUGAUUUCAGGAGCUUGUUGUGUUCUUUCUGGUGGACAUGAGAACUUCAUUUUGUUCAAUGUCAUCCACAUGAUUGUCUUGUCAGAAUUGUUCUUUUGCAUGUGGUUUUAUACAUUAAAGAUGCUUUUUUCCCCCCAUUUUCCUAUAAUGUCACUGCACGAUGUUGUUAAACAAACAUGGUCAACUUAAUAAACCCAAAGUCGUAGCCUGUGUGCAAGAAAUUGACCGUACCCCCUCUCCUGAUAUCCUUACUUAUGUUUAGAUGAACUGAUAUAUUUCUUUGAUUACGUUUAUUUUGUUUAGUUUUUAUUGAUAAAAAAAAAAUUAGCAGAACAUCUGAACAGAAGUUCUCCAAGUUCAAAGAAAUUAUUUCCAUUUACAGUGGAAAGAAGAGUGUGAAUCUAAAUAUUGGUUUCCAGAAUUUGCUUAAAUAAACACAGAAGUGCUGUUUUGACUCAAAUGAAUUUUCCCUAUCUUUUUAGCUCAGAAAAGGCUUGGCUCAAUGUUGGAAAUGUGAAAAGUUUAAAUUUGCAUUUUUGCAUUUAACAGUGGUCCUAUUUGGGUGAUAAAACAAGCCAUUUACAUAACCUUGAAACCAGGAUGUGAGUCUGCAAAGAGCUGAUCCUGGCUGAAAUGAACCUUGCAUAAUUUCAGUUUAAGAGUCCUGCAGCAAAGCCCAGUUUGUAGUGGCAGCGUGUGCUCCGUAAUCAUUUUUGAGUUUUUCACAGGAUAUUAUUUUCAAAUUUCUCUACAAAGAAUAAUAAAGUAUUUAUGAAAUGA